UCUUUUAGUUGAUUUUAGGGCUUAGAAAAAUAGGAUGAGCGCCAAAACUCCUGAUGUAAAUUGCAACAACACGUUUAAAUGCGAUGUUAAUGAAACAAACCGGCUUGACGAUGAAGUUUUCAGUGAGAAUGAAGAAUACGAUCCAGCGUGCAUGGAUUUGUUGGAGGGUAAGGCGAUUAAUGAAGGAGAGUUGGACUCAUGGUUACACGCUCCAGACUUGUGCAAAAAAGAUGCAAGUGCAGUGCAUGUAAACAAAGCAAGUUUUGUAACAAAACCAUCGAACUCAACUUAUGACCUUGGGAAUUGUUCUGGCCGCAAAUCCCAGGUGGAAUCUGUAAAUUCUACGAAAUCAGUGUGUGAUGCAUCGUUUACAAAUUCACAAAUUGAUUUCAUUUUGGCAGAACAAGCAAAAACUCAACAGAAUUCCUCGGUAUCCUUGGUUGAUUUUGAUGAAGUUGAUGAUGAUGAUUUCCUCUUUUCAUCUGAAGCAAAGAAAAUAAAUGGGGAAAAUAUUUUGUCCGAUAAUUUUCUUGACUCCGAAACUAAUCCUGGCCUUCGAGCGUCACCUAUUCCUUUAGCAGCAGAUAUGGAUGCUUAUGUUACAAACACACCACCACAGAGAAGAAACAGUCCUCAGAUUUCAUCUCCAUUCCAGUCACCCAUAGACACGAGGCAGCGACCGUUUUCCAUUUCAUCAACAACUGCAUCUCCUAUCCGUCCAGGCAAUGUGAUUGCAUCAACACCUUUUCAUGGCCGACACUUUUCAUUACCACCCGAUGGAAUACCCAACCAACCAGCACCGGAGGCAGCAGUGCAUGCUAUUGAAUUUGUUGUGACCAAACCAAGCAGCAACCAAACCUUUGAUGCCGGCAACACAGCGGUGGUUUGUGGGAAUUCUACUUUUACUGCUAAACCUGCCGAACCAACUGCCAACACUACUUUCAAUACGGUUCCAUCAGUUUCUGAGAAGGAAACUUUCAUAACAGACUCAACAUUUAACGUUGCCAACAACGAAACUGUUGAUGCCGAACAGCAAAGUUCACAACGGGGUAAUGCAACAUUUAAAACAGAACAACCAAUAUCAGAAGUUGUCAAUACAACAUUCAACAAAGAACAACAUGCCUCAACUUGUAUCAACACAACAUUCAACAAGGACCAACCAAAUUUAACUCAGAUCAAUACAACAUUCAACAAAGAACAGCAGGCCUCAUCUUGCAUCAACACAACAUUCAACAAGGAACAACCCAAACUAACUCACGCCAAUAUUAACACAACGUUUAAUGCAGAUCAACCAAGUCAAACACACAACAACAUAACUUUUAACGCACCAACACCUCAACAAUCAAACACAACAUAUUCAACUUCUAAUUCAACAUUUAACAUGGGAAAUCAACAAAUGGAAGUUUCCCCAAUCAACGAGGAGACUUUUAACAGUCCGGACAAUGUUAUCGCGAACUCAACGUUUAACAAAGGCCCGUGUCCCAACAGCAAUGACAAAGAUCGCACCUUUGACGUUGGGACAUCUCAUGACGUGCAAAUGAACUCUCAGUCGCCAUCUAGCGAGAGUACCAAUGCCGAUUCAAGCAAAGAACUGGAAAGCGAGACAAUGAAUUGUUCGAAACAAAGCAUAACUUCCAAGUCAAAGUUACGAAAGCCGCUGUCUUCAGUUGGGAAUUCAUCUGAGAGUGGAAUUAAGUCAGGAAUUCCAAUGAAACGUUCAAGUCGAUUAGUUGCUCCGAGAAUGAAUACGGCAGCCAUAUCACGUAUACAGGCCCGGUCACCACAGAAAACAGCGCAGUCGACCAACGUUGAUGAGAAUGCCACAACACUCAUGAAACCUCCAACCAGCACCACCUCUCUAAGGAAGCCACAGCCUCGUAAAAGUAUCGCUGUACCACGCAAGUCUCUACUGCCACCUGGUCAAACGAAAUCCCGUCUCUCAACAGCACCAGCACCUCACCAUACCCGGGUAAACAAACCAUCACCCCCGAAACCAUCUGACCCCCCAACCGACAACCCACGUACCCCAAGCAAACGAAAGGCGGAAAGCCCAAAACAUGCAGGCCGAGCUGCCAAGUUUGAAGGACCAAGAAAUGAAGCCACGUCAACAAGACCCGGUCAUACCUCAUCGUUACGUCAUUCCGGGGUCGUGACGUCACGCAUUGCCUCUCUUACCAACCGGCCUAGCAACAAGCGACCACAGGCAGCAUCAACCUCAUCCACGCGAGCCAGCAUAUCAUCCGCGCACUCAACUCCACAACCCUCAAUACCCAACUCCAACGUUGCAAAGACUCGAUCCUCGACCACCAAACCUGUCACGAAAACAACAAAACGAGUCCCCAAGAAGAAACCCGUCAGCAAUACGUCACAAUGCGCGGUUGCCAUGGCCACGUUACUGGAUUACGUCAUCAACAAGCUUGACGGAUUAUCAGCUCCACAACUCGCAUCUGACAAACAGCAACUCAGUCGACUCGUUAGUGAGCAAUCUCAAACCAAUACCGACCUAGCUACUCGUGUCAGCGAACUCGAGGCCUCGCUCACGCAAUCACGUGAGGCACAUCAUCGUGAUGUCACAGAAGCAACGGAACGUCAUCUAAGUGACGUCACGGCGUUGGAGCAGAAACAUGAAACUGAGUUAACGAAAGUGAAAAACCAAGUUAACGAUCUGACGCAGAAGGUUGAGCAAGAGAAAGACGAACACGAACAAGUAGUCACCGCUAUGCGUGACGUCCAUUCCAAAGCUAUAUCAGCGUUGGAGAAUUCUCAUUCCGCUGCCUUAGAGGAGCUUCGCCUCGAGUGGGCGCAAGAGCGCAAUGACAUUGAACAAGAGACUGCUGAUCUGAGAGAGAGAAUGGACGAGAAGGUGCAGGAAAAAGUUCAGGAAUUGGUUCAACCAUACAUCACCGCACACGAAGAUAACAAAAGUUUACGAGCAGUCUUGGAAAUGAAGAAUGCAGAACAACAUAAACUACAAAUAGAGAUGUCGCAACAAUCCGACCAGCAUACUGAACUACGUGCAUUAAGAGAUCAAGUGAUUGCCCUUCAGCAAAAGAACGAAGAUUUACAAACUCAAGUUCAUGAUAAGAAUGCUGAACAAAGAUUAAUGAAGAAAGAGCUCGAUCAGCUCCGACAAACAAUGGAUGAGCAACAUCACUCCAUGAAGAACCAACAGCAGAGGAUCGAGGAGCUCAAUUACCGCUUAACCUCUCCCAAUACCUCGCCCGCAUCUCCAUUUAACCCAGUUUUUACCCAAUCGCCAACCGCCAACCAAACCCCCGACCUCGGCAACCCUUUUGGCAGCAGUCGUCGAAAAACGAGUGACCGCACUCACUCUUCUCUUACAGCUGUCCAGAACGACCACCGUUCCCCUAUUAUAACCACUACCCCACAGAAGGAAGUACGAACGUAGUGUUACAUCUUCAAAAUGUUUCUGAAUUCCUUGAUUACCCAGAACCAAUCGUGUGUAUAAUGCUACACUGCAAGUGUCUGAUAAAUUGGCAGUAUUUCACUAUAGUAUGCCAUGUACACCACUAAAUGUUCGCCAAGCGCCGCUGUUUCUUCUUACGGCAAAAAUCUAUGCUUUACUUGCUGUAAAUAUUCAUUAAUUUAUUAAUUAUUUCUUGUAUUUAGUUUCAAAUUCUAUAUGCUUAGGUUGAUAGUACCAAAAUACGGUGCAUGCGUCUGACGAGCACAUUCUGCUUCUACCUAAUUUUUCUACUUUCCCUCGCCGCAUGGUGGCAACAGAGCGCAAGACAGUCUGCAAUUUGCGCACUGCACGUUAUGGUCUCCAUUCUAUUUUGGUCAACUCAUACGCCGCACAACUACUCGUCAAAGCUAACCCCACAGCUUUAAUUAUUUACACUGCUUCGUAUCUUAAACAAUGAAUGACAUUUUCGCCUCCAAAAUCCUUAACUGAUCAAUUUCUCAAUGUUUCCGCUUUUCUCAGCACUGAGCUCACGCGAACGGUUCCGCCACGUUACAAUACACACAGAUAUCUAUA